GCUCCAGUAAUGGGAACCCACCAGAGAGAUGUCCCCGUCCUCUGUAUUCCCGGGAUUCCACACAGGAAGAUCAAGCGAUCCCUUACUAUGAUCAGCGAAAGGCAACGAUCGAUGUAAAAGCGGAGGUUAAAAGGGAACAACCGGAUGUGAUGGGUGAUCAGAGGUCUGCAGAGGAGGUUGGGAUGGUGAUGGAAGUUAAGGAAGAGGAACCUUCUCUAGAUAUCAGCACAGGCUGAGGACAUGAUGGACAUAAAAGUGGAAGUCAAAGAGGAAGAAGAAGAAACGUCUAUUAGUGGUGAUCUGCUCCCUAUGGAAGAAGAAGAGGAUGAGGAGGAGGAAGAGGAUGAUGAGGAGGAGGAAGAGAAGGAGGUGGUGAAUGUGAUCAUUAAAGAUGAGGAGACUUCUCUAAAUAUCAGCACUGAUGGAGAGUAUGUCUGGAAUACUUCAGAGGAACAUCAUGACUUAGUUUCGGAUUACAAAUCGGAGGGUUGUUCCAAGUCUCAGUAUUCUCGAGAAGCUAAGCCUGCUACUCUAAAUAUAGAGGACAAACCUUAUCACGAUAACAGAUCAACAGGUCCCUCUAAUUCUGAGGAAUCUUCUGGAAAAUUCAAUUCUUCUACCCAAAAUAUCCAUCUGGAACAACCUUCUAAGCCACGUACUGCUCAACACAGCGAGAAGAUCUUUUCCUGUUCGGAGUGUGAUAAAUAUUUCACGAGGAAGGCACAUCUCAUCAGACAUCAGAAUAAUCACUCCGGAGUGCGACCCUUUCCGUGUCCGGAGUGCGGGAAAUCUUUCAGGGACAAAUGGAGCCUUGUCCUACACCAGAGGGUCCACAAGGACGAGAGACCUUUUCCGUGCUCUGAGUGCGGUCAGAGCUUUAAAUGGAAAUCUUAUCUCGUGACGCAUCUCAAAGCCCACAGGGGUGAGACUCCUUUUUCGUGUUCCGAGUGCGGGAAGUCUUUCAAAGAAAAGAAAGCCUUCGUAAUACACCAGCGAGUCCACACGGGGGAAAUGCCAUAUUCUUGUACGGUGUGCGGGAAGAGUUACACUCGGAAGGAUAGUCUGAUCACACACCAGCGCACCCACACGGGUGAAAUGCCGUAUACUUGUACAGAGUGCGGUAAGGGUUUCACGCGGAAACAAACGCUCCUCAAACACCAUCGAACUCACACAGGGGAGCGCCCGUAUACCUGUCCAGAGUGCGGCAAAUGCUUCACCCAGAAAUUCUGCCUUGACCAACAUCGGAAAAUCCACUUAGACAAGAAGGCCUUCUCCUGCUUGCAGAGCGACCGAUCGUCGACAACAGAGCUUCAGGCACAACGGAACGUUCCCAACAGCGAGAAACUCUUCAUGUGCUUAGAGUGCGAUUAUGUAUUUAUAUCCAAGGCCCAACUCCUUAUACAUCGGAGGGUUCACACCGGAGAGAAACCCUUUUCCUGCGCCGAGUGCGGCAAAUGCUUUUCACAGAAAGGAAGCCUCAACACCCAUUUGAAAUGUCACACCGGCGAGAAGCCCUUCACCUGUUCGGAGUGCGGGAGGUGUUUUAUACAGAAGGGACAGCUCCUUACGCACCAGAGAAGGCACACGGCGCAGCGUCCUUAUGCCUGCUCGGAGUGCGACAAGGCGUUCAAAGUAAAAUACGAACUCCUUCAACACCAGAGGUUCCACACCGGGGAGAAGAUCUCCUCCUGUGGACGGUGCGGGAAAUGCUUCAUAAAGAAGUCACAACUGAUUGUACACGAGAGGGGUCACACUGGCGAGAGGCCUUUUUCAUGUCCCCAUUGCGGGAAACGUUUUGCGCAAAAAGGUCACCUCAAUAAUCACAUGAAAGUGCACACUGAGGAGAAGUCACUUUCCUGCUGUGAGGGGACGGGUAACACCGAAAGUGGAUCUAAUUCAACAUGAAAGAACCCAAGCCUGCUGGAGAUGACGACAAACGUAUGGGGGUGUUUUGUAGGACUUACUAAGAGCUGUUGGGUAUUAAAGGUGACUCGUAACAUAAUACAAUCCCUUGCCUCCUUUGCAUCCCACAAUACAGUCCCUAGUCCCUUCUCCGUGACUCAUUCUGUAAUCUGAUCUCCCUUUAGUCCUGUUUUAUAAUAAAGCUGAAUAAUGAGUUAGAGAAAAUGCUUGUUAUCACUUAAAGCACACAUCCUACUGACUAUGGUGUGUAUAUAUAUUAAAAAAAAUGUUUAACAAC